CCACUUGUAAUCUGUGAAAGUCCUAAAUUCCAGUGCAAGUUCAAGUAGUGGAGGAAGAGCAAGUCAUCCGAAGAGCAAAAAAGAGAAAUCCUGUUUUGACGUUUCACUCAAGCGGCAAAAACAGCGCAGUUGUUAAAUCGUAACUAACAGCGUGCAAAACACUUCAGACGCCAGGAAAAGAUGUCAGCAGAAACGAUGCCCAGUAGAGACAGCUCCAUGGUGGGCCGCUUUGCCCCCAUCGCCGUGGGUAACGGGCAGGGUCCCACGAGCAGAGCAUCUCCGAGCAAAGAGCGGCCCCAGCAUGGGGUGGGCUGCAGCUGGCUCCAGUGGGUGUCUCCCUGCUGCUAUCGCAGCCGGAGCAGCUCCCUGGACCUGAUCGACACACUGGACCCAGAGCCUGUGAAGGAGGAUGACAAGCCCUACAAGCCUCACCCCGAGGCCAGCGAGCUAGAGGAGCUCGCACUGAUAGUGCGCUCAGUGGACCUCCUGAAGUCCAAAACGGGUCAGAACCGGCGCGAUCAUCACACCGACCUUUACCACAAUGAUGACCUCAUACUGCGCCGGGGCCAGACCUUUCAAAUCGCCCUUGAACUCUCUCGCCCGUUCAAGCCCAACACUGACAAACUCCGUCUGGAGCUGACGACUGGACGCAACCCGGUAGUGUCGAAGGGCACGCAUGUCAUCGUCCCAUUGGUGGAGGACCUGGAAGGUGGCCAAUGGGAGGCGAAAAUCGUGGAGCAGAGCAGCUCCAGGGUCCUGCUGUCCAUCAACUCGUCGCCCAAAGCCGCAAUCGGCCGCUACCAGCUCACGGUGGCCACGCAGUGCCCACAGGGCACGUCCACGCACGAGUCCGGCAGUGACAUCUGCAUGCUGUUCAACCCCUGGUGUCAAGACGACACUGUGUACAUGGACGAUGACAACGAGAGGACGGAAUACGUCCUGAGGGACACGGGAAGGAUCUAUUAUGGCACGGAGAAUCAGAUUGGGGCGCGGACAUGGAACUUCGGGCAGUUCAGCGAAGGAAUCCUACAGGCGUGUCUCUUCCUUCUGGACAAGAGUGAAACGCCGUCGGCUGGUCGCGGAGACCCUGUCAAUGUAGUGAGGGUCAUAUCUGCUAUGAUCAAUUCCCUUGAUGACCGUGGGGUCAUUGAGGGCAAUUGGUCGGGGAACUACAUGGGCGGGACUUCCCCUACAGCGUGGAGCGGUAGCGUGGACAUCCUGAGGAAGUACCACUCUGAGAACGGAACGCCCGUCAAAUACGGACAGUGCUGGGUCUUCUCAGGGGUCACCACCACAGUGCUCAGGUGCCUCGGCGUUCCCACUCGGAGCGUCACCAACUUCCAGUCUGCACACGACACAGACGUCUCCCUGACAACGGAUGUUUAUUUUGAUGAGAACAUGGAGCCGCUGAAUAACCUCAACACAGACUCUAUCUGGAACUUCCACGUGUGGAAUGACUGCUGGAUGGCCCGUCCAGACCUGCCCCCGGGGAUGGGAGGCUGGCAGGCUGUGGACGCCACCCCACAGGAGACCAGCCAGGGAAUUUUCUGCUGCGGUCCAGCUUCUUUGACUGCCAUACGCACCGGGCAGGUCUACCUUAAACACGACACGCCCUUUGUGUUUGCUGAGGUGAACAGCGACAAAAUCUACUGGCAGAGGAACCUGGAUGGGACGUUCAGUCAGGUCUACAUUGAGAAGAAGAAGGUGGGACACUGCAUCAGCACCAAGGCGGUGGGCUCUGACGAGCGAAUGGACAUCACCCAUCUCUACAAGUAUCCAGAGGACACAGAAGAAGAGCGCAUCGCCGUGGAGACCGCCAGCCGUUACGGCAGCAGGCCUGAGGUUUACGCCACGGCCUCAGCAGAGGACGUGAGCAUCGAGGUCACGAUGGACGGCGAAGGUCCCCGCAUGGGGAGUGAUGCACGGCUGACCAUCAUUCUGCACAAUAACAGUGCACAUCCCCGCCGUACCACCCUUCACAGCCAGGUGGCAGUGAUGUACUACACCGGAGUGCUCAAGGGCACCGUCAAGAAAGAGAAGCUUCCCGUUGAGCUCAUGCCCAAUGAAGUGAAGCCCAUCGAGUGGACGCUGCCCUACCAGCACUACCAGGAUCACCUGGUGGACCAUGCGGCCCUGAUGCUGACAUUAUCGGGUCGCGUCAAUGAGACCCAGCAGGUUCUAGCUACGCAGUACAACUUCCGACUCCGGACCCCAGACCUCACAAUUACGCCUAUAGGGGACGCUGUUGUUGGCAAAGAGAUGGAGGCCAAAAUCUCCUUCACCAACCCCCUGCCACGUACACUGAAGAGUGUGGUGUUCCGGGUAGAGGGUCUAGGCUUGCAGAACAUCCGGGAGAUCGCCGUGGGGGACGUGGGCGCCCACUCGAAAGUCACGCUGACAGAGGCCUUCGUCCCCACCCUUCCGGGGCCCAGGAAGCUGGUGGCUUCGCUCGACUGCCGGCAGCUGACGCAGGUGCACGGCGUGGCCGACAUCGUGGUCCAGGAGAAGUGAAGGUUGCUGUCCGUACAGCACAACAUCAUCCCCCCACCUCCCCGCCCUGCCUUUUCCAUCCGAGUCUUUCAGUAACGGGCUGCACAGUGGCAUCAUGGGAGAUGUCACUAAACCAAAACGGUAUUAGCUCCCUGCUCUGGCCCCAUACCAGGGUACCAUGGAGUAUUAUGUUGUAUAACCGUGCAGCUAAAAAUCUAGACUUUUUCUACUUCUUUAAUUUCCUACUAAUCUAAAGGAAACUACAAUUUUCUCAAAAUCAACCUGGCACAAAGAAAGCACAAAUCUUCAGUAUUUUUUGGCAUCCUGGCUGUUGACCAGUUGUAAGACAUGUGUUUAACAUUUUAAAUCAGCAUUGUGCUAUUGUGAUAUUUCUGUGAACGACUUUUGCGGUGGAGUGUUUUCCCCACAAAUCCUUAGUGCUGUGAAAAUCCGACGGUGACCUAAACAAUGACAAACGUCUCCCCGUAAAUCCUGUGAAAUGCCGAAUUGCGUGGCGCACUGUGAUCCACACUGUAGGGACGCAAAGAGAAGAUGCUAAUUGUGUGAAAGCAGGACAUGUGCUACAUGGCAUCGAUUCCACCCAGAAUAAACAUGAAGGGCAGCAUAUAAAACAGAAGAAUGUAUCUGUGACUCCGGCAUAAGUGGUUAAGCGCUAAUUUGGUGCCAUUGCAGCAGUCUGGAAGGGUCAGACACUGACUGUGACUUCAGAAUGUUUACAAUAAUUGAGGCAAUUUAAUGUAGCAUAUUCAAGACAAACGCUGUACAAAGACAGUUAUACUUACACUCGGUUUAGCAUUAUGAUUACUGUUAUAGCACAAACAAUUUGUUUGUACUGUCGAAACAUUGGUGUUUUUGUGACAGAAGAGAAUGACUCCUUCCUACAGCUGUAUCUUUCAUAUUAUUAUUUAUAGUGUAAUUUUUCAAAUUUAGCUUCAUUUACCUGGAUGACCUUUGCGCUCUUUAAAUCAAUCAAUGCGAUUUGUGACGCCAGGUGUUGGUGUCACUACAGGAUCUGAGUCAACAGUGACUGUGUGAAUCACGCAUGUGCCAGUUGAAAGCCAAAUACAAAAGCAAUUAAAAACAACGCAAACUGAAAAGUAACUAAAAGCAAGCGAAAUACAAAAAAAAAUGUAUAUCUCCAGUUCCUGUCAGGGGCUUUGCCAGUACAUCGAAUUUAAGGUAAUCAUCUAUUUUAUGAAAAUAUUUGCAAAUACAUGAGAUGGUCCUUAACUCUAACUAUAAUCGGUAAGGGUACAGGAUUGGCAGGUGGUCUAAAGGUGGUCCUGUAUUACUUGAAUAGUUCAUUGUGUUAAUAGUUUAACGGUUGACUCAGAUCGACAGCGCAUGCGUGACUCAAAUCCUGUAGUGACGCGAUAUCAGGAUGUCAUGCGCACCUCUGCCAUGUGACUCCGGAUGUUUUUGAAGUUUCUGCUCUCUGUGAUAAGAGUAGUCCUGCACUGUAUAACUUGCGAUUUUCACCACAGUAUUAUCGUUUAACUGUAUUUACGUCCGAUUAUUUUGUAACGUAAUAUAAAGUAUAUAUACAAUAUUGAAAGCGAUAUUUUAUCGGUAUCAUGUAUAAAUUACAAAUAUAUGACUUGCUGGGGGGGUUGGGGGGAUUUCGUAGUCCUGCCACGUCUCAGUGAAAGCUGUUUUGUAAUGAAAGUGAAUGUCUGUCUUUUUAAGCUUGUUAUCUUAUGUUAAGUUCCCUAUGAUGAAAAUGACACUGUUCAUUUCACUGGCCUCCCUGCCCACAUUUUUCCCACGCCGGUCUGCCCUCUUGGUCUUGCGGCUGACUUGCAUCAGAACCUGUCCUUCUCCUUGUAAAAUGCUGGAUGGGAGACUGGCCCCAGCAAAUGCAGGACCAACAUUUACGAUCCGGCAUGGCCAGUGUAGUUUCUGGAAAAUCAGUUGGCAGUCUCUUUUACUGGGAAUAAAUUAUAUUUGCUGUCCCAUUUCUAUUUCCAUUUUUGUAUACCGAUUUCUUUUUUUGUGACGUGAAGAAAAUAUAUUCAAUUUUACCGCCAGAUGGCA